AUGGCGAGGAUGUACCAGAAGCUGGCACCUUGCGGCGGUGAAGGAGGGCGUGAAUGGGACGACGAUGUAUACGAGGGUGUCAAAAAAGUGUACGUAGGGCAAGAUCUCACACGUAUCACUUUCGUCAAAUUCGAGUACGUCAAAGAAGACGGCCAAGUGGUAACACGUGAAUAUGGGACAAUAACUCAAAAUCCUAAAGAGUUUGCACUUGAAUAUCCGGAUGAACACAUCACAGUGGUGGAGGGAAGCUACAACAAAGUGGCUAUGUAUGCCACGGAGGUGAUCACGUCUCUCGUCUUCAAGACAUCAAAGGGUAAAACGUCUCCAACAUUUGGUCCAAACUUGUUCGGAGUUGUGAAUGGUACAAAGUUUGUUUUUGAGGACGAGGGAAAGAAGAUCGUAGGUUUUCAUGGACGGUCUGAUAAAGCUAUCGACGCUCUUGGAGUUUACUUUGUACAAGACUCUCUGACCACAUCAUCCCCUCUAUACAAGCUAGAAGCCAGAGGUGGUACAGAGGGGCGUGUUUGGGACGAUGGAGCUUGCAACGGCGUCAAAACGCUGCGCAUUGGUCAAGAUGAUAGUCGUAUCACUUAUUUAGAGUUCGAGUAUGAGAAAGGUGGGAAGUCAGAGACUCGUCCCCAUGGCGUGAAAGGAGAAAAACUAUCUGAGUUUGUACUUGAUUUCCCGGAAGAAUACAUCAAAUCUGUGGAAGCAACCUAUGAUAAGCCGAGCUUUUUCCGCAAUACUGUCAUUACCUCGCUCAAGUUGGAGACAUCAAAGGGUAGAGCCUCAAUCUUUGGGUAUGAGGUGGGUAAGAAGUUUGUGUUGAAGCAAAAUGAUCAUAGGAUUGUCGGAUUCCAUGGAAAGGAAGGUGAAGCUAUUGAUGCUCUUGGAGCAUAUUUUGCACCUGUUCCUACUCCAGAUCCAGUUGCUCCUGCUCCAGUUCCAGCUGAUCCUGCUCCAGCUUCUCCCGCCCCAGUUCCAGCUGCUCCUGCUCCAGCUCCAGCUGCUCCGGCUCCUACUCCAGUGAUAGGAGAUCCAUGGUCUGAUGAUAUUUACGACGGUGUAAAGAAGAUACAGAUAGGAUUAUACGACGAAGGUGUAUCAUUUCUCAAGUUCGAAUACAUUAAAGGCAAUGGCCUUGUAUCUGGUGAUGGCCAUGGGAAGAUAACAUCACUCGGAGUUGAAGAGUUUGUGCUGGAGGAUGGUGAAUAUCUCAUGGCCUCUUUGGAAGGCUACUACAAACUUAUACCAAACACACCAUUUGGAAAGAUCGUCUCUCUUAGGUUCAAGACGAACAAAAGGGAGUCACCUCUGUUUGGAAAGGAGUCCGGUGAGAAGUUCUCUCUAGAGCAGAAAGACCAGAAGAUCACCGGAUUUCAUGGACGAGCUACCGAUGUUAUUUACGAUCUCAUGUUCUCUUCCAGGCACAUCAGCAUCUAG